CGCUCUGAGUUUCACGUCGCCAUGGCUGACAGAGGCUGGCCAGACUGUGCGAAGAGUUUGAAAGGUGUUGUGCUGGACUUGUGCGGCGUUUUAUAUGACAGCGGGGAGGGCGACGGCGUAGCUAUACCCGGCUCCAUUGAAGCCGUGCAAAGGCUCAAGACGUCCGAUCUGCAGCUUCGCUUCUGCACCAACGAGACCCAGGCCACCAGAGAGAAGUUUGUGGCCAAGCUGCAGAGGCUGGGCUUUGACAUUUCUGUGUCUGAGGUAUUCUCUCCUUCUCCUGCAGCAGUAGCUGUGCUUAAGCAGAGAGGUUUGCGGCCUCACCUGCUGGUUUAUGAUGGAGUUCUCCCUGAGUUUGACAGUGUUGACCAGACCAACCCAAACUGUGUGCUCAUCGGAGAUGCAGCUGAAAACUUCUCCUACCAGAACUUGAAUGAGGCAUUCAGGGUCCUAAUGGGCCUGGAGAAGCCAGUGCUGUUCUCUCUGGGCAGAGGGAGAUACUACAAGGAGACAGAUGGUUUAAAACUAGAUGUUGGGGUUUACAUGAAGGCUCUGGAGUAUGCCUGUGAUUUAGAGGCUGAAGUCAUUGGAAAGCCUUCCCCCAUGUUCUUCCAGAGUGUUCUCAGUGACAUGGGCCUUCAGCCUUGCGAGACUUUAAUGAUUGGGGACGAUUUGGUGAACGAUGUCGGUGGAGCCCAGCACUGUCGUAUGAAAGGUGUACAAGUCCGGACUGGCAAAUACAGGCCCAGUGACGAGAGGCACCCAACGGUGACGGCUGACGGCACUGUGGACACUCUGGCCCAGGCUGUGGACAUGAUCCUCGCUCAGAGGGGGCACUGAGGACAAGGCGGGGGACGCCAGAAAAUGUUCCACUUACUGUGGCCGUGCGUGAUACGGGCUUGUGACUGGUAGUGUGUUCUCAUGGUUUGUAUGUUUUACCGUGACGGUGUACUGCGUCGUGACAUUUUAGUACUCCAGUGACAUUUGCACAAGUAUAACCCAGAGGGAUAGUGUCGAACCCUGUGUGGCUGCACUGUGCAUUUGUUGGUACACGACUGGCAUAGAUAAGAUACCACGAGCUGACAUGGACGCGUCUGUAACCAGCUGCCGACUGACGGUUAGAAGGGAAAGUAAAGCUGUGCGCCGUCGUUGAGACUUUGCCAAUGCAGCUCUGCGAGAUUAUGUCGGAGCGACUGCACGCAUAGAUACCGUGAAAUGAAGUUGUUUUCCAUUUUUAACACGCAGUGAUUAUUGUAUCCAGCAGCCUGUUGAAUGUAGGGAAGGCUGUUGACACUCACUCCACAUGCACCGUCCUAAUAGAGUAGCAGGGAGUUGUCAGCAAUGUGACUAAUAUAAAUAAAGCUAUUUUACUUGCCUGUGA